UGAAACGAGAAUCGCUCGGUUUGACCCUUGUUGUUACCCGUCUUCAGUCCCACGCAUCGUUGAAGUCGCUCCUCCUCUGUCUCUCCGGCUUUGUACCCAGAGCUGAACACACGCCGCGGCGACUUUCUCAAAGAUACCGGGGCGUCUAAACAUCUGAAAAUGGCUCUGCACGUACCCAAAGCUCCUGGCUUUGCCCAAAUGUUGAAGGAUGGCGCCAAGCACUAUUCAGGGCUUGAGGAGGCCGUCUUUCGUAACAUCAGAGCCUGUAAGGAGCUUUCUCAGACCACACGCACUGCAUAUGGACCAAACGGCAUGAACAAAAUGGUCAUCAAUCACCUGGAAAAGUUGUUUGUCACCAAUGACGCUGCAACAAUUCUCAGAGAGCUCGAGGUGCAGCAUCCAGCCGCCAAAAUGAUUGUGAUGGCAUCCCACAUGCAAGAGCAGGAGGUCGGAGACGGAACAAACUUUGUCCUGGUGUUUGCUGGAGCUCUGCUGGAGCUGGCUGAAGAGCUGCUCAGGAUGGGCCUGUCGGUGUCAGAGGUGAUUGAAGGCUACGAGAAAGCUUGUAAAAAGACUCUAGAGAUAUUGUCAGACUGCGUAUGUUCGUCAGCCGAGAACCUCCAUGAUGUUAAAGAGGCAGCAUCUCUCAUCCGUACAGCAGUCAUGAGUAAACAGUAUGGCAACGAAGACUUCCUCGCUAACCUCAUUGCACAGGCCUGUGUGUCCAUCUUCCCAGAGUCCGGCAAUUUCACUGUUGAUAAUGUCAGAGUAUGCAAGAUUAUGGGUUGUGGAGUGACAUCAUCCACCAUGUUACAUGGCAUGGUUUUUAAGAAGGAAGCCGAGGGAGAUGUCACAUCAGUUAAAGACGCCAAGAUUGCUGUCUACUCCUGCCCCUUUGACUGCAUGAUGACAGAGACCAAGGGCACAGUGCUGAUAAAUAACGCAAAGGAACUCAUGGACUUCAGUAAGGGAGAGGAAGAUAUGAUGGAGGCUCAGGUGAAGGCCAUCAAAGAGGCUGGUGCCAACGUGGUGGUAACUGGGGGGAAAGUGGCUGACAUGGCGCUGCACUAUGCCAACAAGUACAACCUCAUGGUGGUCAGGCUUAACUCCAAGUGGGACCUCAGGAGGUUAUGCAAGACUGUUGGAGCUGUAGCACUGCCCAGGAUGACGCCUCCGACUCCAGACGAGAUGGGUCACUGUGACAACGUGUACCUGACAGAGGUGGGGGACACUCAUGUGGUGGUCUUCAAACACGAGAAAGAAGACGGUCUCAUCUCAACGGUGGUGAUCCGAGGCUCCACUGACAACCUGAUGGAUGACAUUGAGAGGGCUAUAGAUGAUGGAGUCAACACCUUCAAGGUUCUGGUCAGGGACAAGCGACUGAUACCUGGAGCAGGAGCCACUGAGAUCGAGCUGGCCAAACAGAUCACCUCAUAUGGAGAGUCCUGCCCGGGUCUGGACCAGUAUGCCAUUAAGAAGUUCGCUGAAGCCUUUGAGGCUUUUCCACGAGCGCUGGCUGAGAACUCCGGUGUUAAGGGGAGUGAGCUCCUCUCUAAACUGUACUCUGCGCAUCAUGAGGGACACAAAAACAUGGGCUUCGACAUUGAGGGAGAAGGCCCCGCUGUGAAGGACAUGCUUGAAGCUGGCAUUCUGGAGCCUUACCUGGUCAAAUACUGGGGCAUCAAACUGGCUACCAACGCUGCCAUCACAGUACUGAGAGUCGACCAGAUCAUCAUGGCUAAGCCUUCAGGGGGACCCAAAGCUCCCAAGCAGAGAGGCCAUUGGGACAAGGACGAUUGGGAAGAAGCGCCUGAUAAUUUUGAAACCCACCAUUAGAGGGCGCACACACCCCCUCCGUCAAUCAUCAUGGCUAAACCAGCAGGGGGACCCAAACCUCCACAGGGCAAGAAGGACUUCGACGAGGAUGACUGAAUGUGAUGCUGAUGCUCCUGUAAAACCCUGAAUGCUCCCACUUGGAUCAAAGACCCCUUUUCUACUUGUUUAUUUAAAGCUCAACAGUUUGGUUUGUUUUGUAGAAACCACACACAUGGUUAACAAAUAUGUGAAAGUAAAAUGUAUGCACUGUCUGCUUUAUUUGUUCUUGGUCCCAAAUAAAAGGCACUUGGGCAGUCA